GACUGCUAGGGUUGGAUCACAGGCUCACAGUAAUAAAGAAAGAGGUGGAGAGAAAUUGUUUCCUUCCCCAUCUCGUCUGCGGCCCUCCCAUUUUUCCUUCUCGGACCACCACGCAGAGGCGGAGCGGAAGGGAUGGUUAAGCACAACAACGUGGUGCCAAAUGGGCACUUCAGGAAACACUGGCAAAACUAUGUUAAGACAUGGUUCAACCAACCUGCCAGGAAAGCUAGGAGAAGGCUUGCGAGACAGAAAAAGGCUGUGAAGACAUUCCCCCGCCCUAGCGCUUGACACCUUCGCCCAAUUGUUCAUGGCCAGACCUUGAAGUACAACAUGAAACUCAGAGCCGGCAGGGGUUUCUCUCUGGAAGAGCUCAAGGUGUCUCCUCUUUUACCUCUGUCUCUUUCUCCCGCCAACCCAUGUGCCAUGCUGCUGGUAUCUCAAAGAAACUUGCCCCUACCAUUGGCACUGCAGUUGAUCACCGUCGUAAGAAUCGUUCUCUAGAGAGUCUUCAAGCCAAUGUUCAGAGGCUCAAGACCUGCAAGGCCAAGCUUGUCGUCUUCCCAAGACGAACUCGCAAGUGUAAGGCUGGUGAUUCUACUCCUGAGGAGCUGGCGACUGCAACCCAAGUUCAAGGACCAUACAUACCUAUUGCUGGUGACAAGCCAUCCGUGGAGCUUGUGAAGGUUACAGAGGAGAUGAAAUCAUUCAAGGCAUACAACAAGCUUCGUGUGGAAAGAAUGAAUGAACGUCAUAUUGGUGCCAGAAUGAAGAAGGCUGCGGAGGCCGAACAGGAAGAGAAGAAGUAGACUGCUUUUACUGGAGGGGUCUGUUUAGGUCUUCAACUCGGUUAAGAUAGACAUUACUACAUUUCAUUUUCUCCUUUCAUACUGUGAACGGGGUCAUUGAUCUACAGGACAAUUGUUAUUGCUUCUAUGAACCUCUUUUUGAGUGUUUUCCUUGAAUGAGAUAUCACAUAAUUUUAUCAUUGCUUUUCA